UCAGAGGUUAAAGGUUAUCCUGCGACCUUGAACCCGCUUCACGUACUCACUUUACGGAAAGAACUUGCAAGACAGUACACGAAAAACCGGCGUCCAACAUGGGUAAAAUAAGCGGUGGUGCUGUCGUGGAAAUGAUGGGAGACGAAAUGACCAGGAUCAUUUGGGAUCUCAUCAAGGAGAAACUCAUUCUUCCAUUUGUUGACCUUGAACUACAUACAUUUGACCUUGGAAUUGAGCAUCGAGAUAAAACUGAUGAUCAAGUGACUGUUGAUUGUGCCAAUGCCAUCAAGAAGUACAACGUGGGCAUCAAGUGUGCCACCAUCACUCCUGACGAGAAGAGAGUAGAAGAGUUUAAACUGAAGAAGAUGUGGAGGUCGCCCAAUGGGACCAUCCGAAACAUUCUCGGUGGGACCGUUUUCAGGGAGGCCAUCAUCUGUAAGAACAUCCCUCGCCUCGUCCCAGGGUGGACAAAGAGCAUCGUCAUAGGACGUCAUGCGUACGGAGAUCAGUACAAGGCAACUGACUUUGUGGUCCCUGGCCCAGGGAAACUGGAGAUGAAGUUCACCCCAGAGAAUGGCGGUGACCCAAUGGAGUACACAGUGUUCGAGUUCAAAGGCACAGGGGGUGUUGCAAUGGGCAUGUACAACACAGAUGCUAGUAUCCGAGACUUUGCAAAGAGUUCACUCACCUUUGCCCUUCAGAAAGGCUGGCCUUUAUAUCUUAGCACAAAGAACACAAUCUUGAAAAAGUAUGAUGGCCGAUUCAAGGAUAUAUUCCAGGAUAUUUAUGAUAAGGAGUACAAGACCAAGUAUGAAGCCAAGGGCAUCUGGUAUGAGCACAGGCUGAUAGACGAUAUGGUGGCCUACGCCAUGAAGUCUGAAGGAGGCUUUGUGUGGGCGUGUAAGAACUAUGAUGGCGAUGUCCAGUCUGAUUCUGUAGCUCAAGGGUUUGGCUCCUUGGGGAUGAUGACCAGUGUGCUGAUCUGCCCUGAUGGCAAGACGGUGGAGGCAGAGGCGGCCCACGGCACAGUCACACGGCACUACCGCUUCCAUCAGCAGGGCAAGGAGACCUCCACAAACUCUAUAGCCUCCAUCUUCGCCUGGACUCGAGGUCUGGCACACCGAGCAAAGUUGGACAGCAACGAGGCCCUUGGGAAGUUUGCCUCUAGCCUGGAAGAAGUCUGCAUUGAGACCAUCGAGGCUGGGCAGAUGACCAAGGACCUGGCCAUCUGUAUAAAGGGCAUGAGCGCAGUCAAACGUGAGGACUACUUGAAUACGUUUGAAUUCAUCGAUAAGAUUGCCGAGAACUUGGUAAAGAAGAUGAGCAGUUGACUGAAGCCGACAGCAGGGACGACCAGGAGCUCACUGUAACAGCAACGACGGGGACCUGAAUGUCUAAAAACAUCGAAUAACUAGAAGAAAAAGAGUUUACAAAAUAUAUAUCAUUGUCACCAUUUGUAUCUGUGAUUUGAAGGGUAUGAGGAAAGUAGACAAUUAGUUGUGGUAGUUGACAUUACACUGUAGGAGUAAUCUCCCUUCAAUUGGAGCUGUUUUCCCUGAGGGAGUUGUCUCCCUUUACAUAGCAUAAGCUCCAUAUUGACUUUAUUUCAGUAACAAGUUGCUAUAUUUAUCAGAACAUUCCACAUUUACAGUGAGGCUAUUCUUGUAGAGAAAUAUAAAGGAUGUUGAGGCUAUUUGUGUAACAAAUUAUAAGGAUGUUGGGCUUUCUUUAUUAAUGUGAAUCAUUUUACUUUUUUUUAUUGCUCACUUGUUGAAGAAUCAUUAGUAGAACACCACGUUAUAAGUGUCUUACCAUAUUUGUUGUAUUAAGAAUACACAGUGUACUAAGAGUAUCCAGUAGCAGGAUAUAGAUUAAUCUAAUUAGAUUAUCUUUGGUAAUCCACUGUAUAUCACCACAUGGUAUACAAUAUUACACUGUUGGUUCAGGAUUAAAACAAGCGUUAAGCCCAAUAGUCCUCAAUACCUUGUGCAGUGGAGUAGCAAACAGACUUAAAAACACAUCUCAAUACUCAGGAAAAUAAUUUUGUUAGUUUAACUAUCAUUGUAACACUAUUCUAAAAAUAUUGAGAGUUUGUUUGAUUUUGAAUGUAGCUGUUUACCAAAGUCAUGUUAAGCAGAAAUAAUCCACUGAAUGUUUAGUGAUUGGGCACAUUACUUCGUUAAAUAUCUCAAUGAAAAAAACAUAUAUUUUGUUUUCAGAACAUGUGGGAAGUGUUUGUGAGGAAUUUAGUGAGUCAAAUAUGGUACCGAAUAAAUCUUUAUAGGUGUUUUGAAGUAUUAUAAUAGAAAUCCAUCCAUUCCUGCGAACCAAAAUUUGUGCCUACAUUUAAUGCCUUUUAUACGUUCUCCACAUGCCUAAACCACAUCACUGUCCAUGCUAACAUUAUUUGUUGAGGUGAAGCACAAGUGGAUAUUGUACAUCAAGUCUUGCAACAGCUUAUUUAAACACGCAAUUAUUUGUUUGACAAUUUCAUUUAUUCAGUCUGUUAUAUUUUAUUGUAAACUGACAUUUUAUGACUGGUUUAAAGUAACCCAUAUAACCGGCUGUUUCAGUAUUAUCUGAUUUGUUACAGUAACCAUCACGAUAUGAUGACUACAUGUAUGUAUUCAAGUGUUACUAAUAACCUGUGAUAAAGAGAAUCUCUCCAUAUGUUGGGAUUCUGAUUUAAUUGUGGUCAGCAAGCUAUACCUUGUUACAAAACAACGGAAAUAUUUCACUAUUGGCUUUACAUAAUUAUUUUUGUGCCAUUGGAAAUGUAAUGAAUCUUGAACUGAUUUGCUGUUUUCUAAAACAUAAUAACUGUUCUUAUUUAAAUUCAGUUUUCAUAUUAGUUAUAAAUAUGGAUUUUUGUCAAAUCUAAUUCCUGUGAAGUAUAUGUUAAACUCUUUGGUAUCUAUAUCUAAAUUGGGGAUAUAUUUUGUGAGUUAUCUGCUGCUGGUAUGUAUACAGCCCAUCUUUUGAUGGACAUUUUGACAUAUGGCAUGCCAUUCAACUUAAGUGAUCAGUUUUUCGGGGUGAAAAUCAUACAUAUCUGAAACCGAAAGCUAUUUAGGGCGGUGGGGUAGCCUUGUGGUUAAAGUGUUCGUUCACCACACUGAACACUCUGGUUUGAUUCCCUUCGUGGGUACAAUGUGUGGAGCCCAUUUCUGAUGCCCUCUGCUGUGAUAUUACUGAAAUAUUGCUGAAAGCAGCAUAAAACUAAACUCACUAACUCACUGAAGGAUAUUCAAGGGUGGUAUUUAUUAACCUCUGGAAGCAGGUCAGUGGAAUGCAGGGAUCACGAAGAUCUGCAUUCAUUGAUUGCUUCAGGCUUUCCAAGUGAAAUACUGUGAUGUAACUGAAAUACUGCAGCUGGCUGAUGCAGAUUAACCAGAUUCUUUCUAUCUUGAAGUUUCUUCACUUCUGUCCAUGUUUGUCAUUGUGAUCAGAAUUCCACCAAUAUUUUGUCAAGGAGAGAGAACCAUCAAGGGGAGACAACCAGUCCUCUGUACUGUUGAUUCAUCCUUUUUGUUCAUGUCCCACUCAAUUGUUAACAGAACUGUGCAUCUUACAGCUGACAUUGUCUUUUACAGGUAUUGUUCGAUGCCAUUGUUCAUUGCCAAAAUGGUAUUUUGUACCACAGUGUAAUCGUUCAGACAAUGUAGAUAUUGCCAGUACUGUAUAGAAUGAUCCACACUUGCUUAAGAACUCUUGGAUAUACAAAUGUGAUGUUUGUGUUCUUGUGGUACCUCCUCUAUAUAACAUGAUAAAAACUUGACUAGAUAUUAAGGAAACUGAAAUGUCUGUAAGAACAGUGCUUAAGUCAGUUCCACAUUAUCUUGUGGAAAAAAAAUAUCCACCGAGUUUGUCGCUUAUAUGAUAGUGUUUCUGUAUUAGUUGUUGCUUGUAUUUUCAAUAUAUUCUGUUUACAAAUGUCUAAUCAGCUACUUAUCCAUAUUAAUCAGAUUUACAAAAUAUCCAUGGUUAUAUGUAACAGGUUUUAGUUACCUGAUAUACUAUAGAAACAGUUUACCAUGUUUCCUCUAUUAAGAGCCCUGGAACUUUGUUUCCUUUUAUUACAGCAAAGCUUAUAUAAUAUGACCUUGCGUGUAUUUGAUGGUGAGCAUGUGCACAUUUCAAGAAAUUAUGAUAUGAUUCAAGUUGGGGGAGAUUAUUAUUAUUAAUAUUAGUUGCAGCUGGACUGACCCUGGAUCUUAUAAGAAACUGGCUCUUGAUAAAGAAAAUAUGGUACAUUGUAUCUAUGAAACUACAAGCAUAGCAGCAUGGAGAAUAUAGUAUUUAAGACUUUAUAUCGGAAAUAUUUGCAUUGGUUUUGCAAAUCUGUUUGUUUUAUUUAAAAUCCUCAGAACUUUCAUUAACCAACCACUAGUCCUAACACCUCAGUGAUGUUCACUGUCAUCCAUUCUACAACAGAUUCCUUGUAUACAUCUCAUUAAAAUCAAUUUGAUAAUGA